CGUAGAGCCAGCUGGGCGACGGUGGUCCCCGAACAUGCCUGAACGGUGAACGCUUGAAGAACUUGCGGAGGCUGAGUGCCAAAGCGAUGACAGCGGCCGCUGCAUAAAAUAUGAGUACGCCGUCCAUGUAGUAUCAGCGUUUCAGUGUUAGCGGAUUGCUGUAAGCUAGGUCAACGUAUGCCCAACCACCAUGAUUGUGCACUGGCAGACUUACUGCUCGGAGGUGUAGGGGUGUGCCACUGGAGAGGACCAAAGAACUUGAUGCCGCAUCCUUUGCUAUAUAUGCACUGCUAUUGUCACGGGAAUUCUCGCACACUUUACGCAGAAGCAGGGGAAUACGUGUAUUCCCGAGUGCGCGCACGCUUUCUCGGAGGCCUUGGGAAACGCACAUCAGCAAACCCUCGUAAUCAGGAGCACACCUCCGGUUCUGGGUCUCGCCUAUGCUCGGCUUCUUAUAGUUGUGGUGGGAAUGCGAGCCGUCACCACGCGCUGCUGUCCACUCAGUCUUGUGAUGUAAACAAGCAUUGCGUCGAGUAUCUCCAGAGUCAUUCAAUUUGUCUGUCGAAACACGAACCUGCAGGCUGCGGAGUUGCCAUGUUGGGAUGCUUUCAUUUCAGCGCCGGAGAGGCGCCCACGGUUCUUGGAAGUACUUCGAAUUCGUCGCAGCAUACGUACCCUGCCAGAGUCGUGGACUUGCGAGGCCAUAGCGGAGGACUUUCACUGCUGGAGCCUGAACAUGGGACCAAGACCGUAACAAUAAUGACGGUGACUACGCCGCAGUGGUGCGGCGAGUCGCGCGUGGCAUGAAUUGAUAGUGUGGGAAGGCAGCAACGUUCCACUUAACCUUGGCAAGUGCCAGAAGCUGCACUGU